AUGGACCGCCCGGAGCCAGGUCUCAUCAAAUGGUCCCCAAAUCCGGCGUACAAUAAUUUCCUACACGUCAACCUGACCCACCGUGUUGUGCAGGUUUACGAACCGACGGGUCACGCACAACAUGGGCGAUUCGACUUCAAGAAGUUGUCCAAGCACGAUGACUUCCCUCCGUUGACCACCUACGACUGGUCGCCAUCCAUUCCUGGCCUUGUGGCUGUUGGCACGGCAUCCGGUAUUGUCAACCUGCUGAGGAUCGAUGACAAUUCGAAUGCCUACAUGGAGCUCAACUUGCGGGUCUCACGUCUUUGUCAUGCAGUAGCCUUUAACACGGGGAAUCUGCUUGCCGUUGGGUUGGAGCGAGUCCGCAACGACCAGUGUCUGCACAUUUGGGAUGUGAACCGGGUGUCGUCCUUGGACCCCAACACCCCUGGAUUCCCUCUGGAUAACUCGACCAUCUUGGAGCCUUACCAGCGCCUGGAGCCAAGCGUGGCUGUAUCGAGCGUUAAAUUUUUCGAAGACAGCCCUCAAACCCUAGCUGUUGGCAUCAAGAAUCAGGGCAUACGUGUCUAUGAUCUGCGAGACCCACAUGGAUCGGUGAUCAACUAUCAAACGAGGCUGAAUAACAACCUAGCCAUUGACUAUGCUGAUCAGAACUACUUUGCGUCAUCCGCCUUGGAUCACCCUGGCGUGAUUAUAUGGGAUCGUCGAGCCAUGUCACGCCAGUUAUCGUCACAAGUCUAUGUUGACGCACUAGACAACGAUCACUUGCCCUGGGGAGCAUCCUUAAGGAUCGACAAAGCAAUCGAUGUUCGACCCGAGCAGUUUGAAGAUAAGCACUCUCUGAUCCGGUCGUUGAGGUUUUGUCGGGAUCAAAGAGGUUCACUCGCAGUACUGUCGCGGACUGGGCAACUCCGCGUCAUCGAUACGCAGAAAGAAUUCACAACAAGCGAAGUCGAAUUUGAAGGCAGCCCUGAACUCUUGCAAGCCAGGAGAUCGUACGAGCUCGAUCUGAACCAUUCCAGUCAGGACAAGAAGAACGAUCGGAUAGUGUCCUUUGAUUGGGUCACGCUUGAAUCACCAGCGCUCAAACCUCGUGCUUUAGUACUCCGUGCCAAUGGCGCUUUCGACAUUCUUGAGAAGCCUACAAAUUCCACAGAUCAUAUAUACAACUAUCAUGGCCUGAUGCGUUUUGAACAACAACAGGAACCCACCAUGUUAGGCCCUAUGUUGGUCCAGCAAGCGCUCUCUGACAUACCCAUUUUUGGAGAGCACAAGGUGGACGUCGACGAGCUUAUACAGAAAGCUAUCCAGCCCAGUACGACACCUCGAGAUCUUGUCCAAGAUGCCAUUGCCACCACGGAAAUGUUACCUGAAUCGAUUAGUAAGGGGACUUCUAUUGCGCAGAAACUACAAGACUUGCGCAGCUUCUCGAAAAAUAACUUGAGGUCGUCUAAGUCACAGUCUCAGAAAGAUCGACAGCAUGAGAGUAUUGAAGACUUGACGCAGAGCAUGGAUGACCUGCUAUCAGGACGAUCCGCGCCGCCUUCUAAUCGGCAAUUGCAUGAGAAGCUCUUGACAUCAGGCCUAGAUACUCGAGGAUUUCCUCAGCAGGCCCAGAUAAUACUGGAUCACGUUGCUUUGUUCCGCGCUAACAGCAGAUACCUGUUUGAUUUCACGAUCAAUAGGGAUGUUGUCUCGGACGAUCCAUGGCUGCGGGACUUAUGGGACUGGGUUGCUGGAGCCGAACGGGACGCUACUGACGGCGACAUGACUGCCCAGGGCUUGGACUUGAGUUACAUGGGUGCUCGAACCAUCUGGGCCAACGAUCUCGGCGAAGAAGCAUCAACGCGAUUAACAGAAGGGGUGGCAAUUCCUGAUCGAAGAACAUGGGAACGUUGUCUGCAGACCAUUAGCCAAAAGCUGAGACUGCCCAAGUACGACGGGGCGGAGACAAAAUGGCCUUCGCAUCGACAAGCUUGCAUAAGGAUAUGCGGAUUGGGAAGAACGUCGCAGACAGCCUUGAGUGACUAUGCGAAAACACCAGCAUCCGAACGGAACUCAUCUUGGCACACGAUGGCCACGGCGCACGCAUUGUUUCAAGGAAAUACCGACCAGGCUAUUCAGCUACUGAAGAAAGCAAGCACAGAGUACCCUGAGCUCCUGUUUGUGUCCUUGGCUUUACAACUGGUCGGAAGGGGAGAUGCUGGUCUCGCCAAAGAGCAGCUUGAUUUCGACGACGCCGUUGCAUCCAAGACUGACCCUUACCUGCGUGCCAUUUCGUCUCUCAUUGCUACUGGCGAUUGGGAAAUCAUAGCCAAUCAGGAGUCAUUGCCGCUCAGAGAGCGGACAUUCGUGGCUUUCCGCUACUUUGACGAUGACAAACUUACGAAGUGGCUGGAUAAGCAAGUCACCAAAGCCAUGCACACUGGCGACAUUGAGGGCAUAAUUCUUACUGGCAUAACGGACAAGCUAGUAGAUAUCUUUGCCACGUACAUCGAAAAGUUCAAUGAUGUUCAGACGGCAACGCUCGUCCUCUCAAUAUGUGCGCCACGUUACAUCGACGACUAUCGUUGCCUUGUCUGGAGAAAUGCAUAUCGGGCCUACCUGCAACGACACAAGGCGUUUUUCCAGCGGACCAAAUUUGAGGUGGAGAGUACGAAGCGAAGCAAACGGGACGGUGUGCCUACCGUCAAGCCCUCUUCCCGGCAGAUAGCACUCCGCUGUGUGUACUGCGAUGCUGAGUACGAAUUGACCAAGACUGGGAAUGGCCCGCCGCCAGCUUCAAGCCAGAGAAAUCCUCUGAUGGCGACCAACAUCAACGCCGGCUGGUCGGCGUCCCCCGAAGUGACAGGCCUGGCGUACCCGUUGAUCCCGAGAAGCGAGUGGCUGCUCGGUUCCCGACAUUCUGUUUGA